UCUUGGUGAGUGAAUUGGACCAUUUGCUUGCCUUGCAGCUCAGGAAAGUGUAGUAACUUUGUGAAUUGUGGAUGGAGAUGUAAUCAAAACCCUAGUAAAGGUCAAUAAGUGGGACAUCCCCAUUUACAUUUCAGUGGAGGAAGGCCUCAUCACUUAUGAAGUGGAAGCUGCAUUGUCAAGCAAAGCAAAGGUCUUUCUCUCUCUCUUCCUCUACUUUAAAUAUCUCUAUUUAUGUUAGUUUUUGUUUUAUUUAUUUUUUUUUAAUUUUUUUUUUUUAAUAUAUACGAAGUAUAGUACAAAUAACAUACCCUCUCAUAUAACCAUUUCAAUGAACGGUAUUUAUAUUCCUGAUAUGUAUAGGUUAUUUAGGAUUAUUCAUACAAGUAUAAGAUAGGAGUUAAUUUGGAACGAAAAACUGUUAAAUUUGGAUUUUUUUGUGCAUCUUUGAAUUAGAAACAGAGCUAUUUUGAUAAUAACACUAAAAAAGAUGGGAAAAAGAAUAUAGGUCUAUAAAAAGGAAGGUGAAAAGAGAAGAGUGACACUAUAUUCCUAUAACAUCAUUAUCUACAUUCAUUUUCUCCCAUUCUACCUACUACUUUCACCCACCUCAACUUGCUCAAAUUCCUUCCAUUCCAAUGUAUCCUAAUUGUUGUAUGUCUUUUUCUACUGAUUUUUUUUCUGCUUUGUCUUGAGUUUACUUGAAGUUGUUAUGUUCUUCAUACUUUAAGAAUCACUAACUGUCUUAGAAGACUUAAAUACACUAUUUUUCUAGCUUCUUCAUCAACAACUAUUUAGAAAACUAUACAUCACCUUUCUCUAUAAAUAGAUGACUUUUCUUUUACAAUUCUUCCCUUUCUAGUCUUUUCAUUUGUUAUCCUAUCUAUACAUAUUUGACCAUUAUUCAUGCUCUUUUCUUCAUGGAGUCCUUGAAUCAAUCAUCCAGAUUCUGUUACCAUUCUGAUGAUCCUGAAAACGGAGUCGAAUUCUCAGGGAAACUAGAAAUCUUUAUACAUCAUGCUAGGAACAUACACAACAUAUGCAUCUAUGACAACCAAGAUGUUUAUUCUAAAUUCUCCCUUACCUACAACCCGGAUGAAAUGGUUUCGACUCGGGUUGUCGUAGGAGGAGGUAAGAACCCUGAAUUUGAAGAGAAGUUGGAGUUGAAUGUGAAGCAAAUAGAUGCUGUUCUCAAAUGUGAGAUAUGGAUGCUAAGUAGAGCUAGAAACUUGCUUGAAGAUCAGCUUUUGGGGUUUGCUUUAGUCCCAAUUCCUCAGAUUGUUAGCCAAGGAGGUAAAAUAAGCUGUCAAAAUUUCAGUCUUUCUUCUACUGAUCUUUUUCACUCACCUGCUGGAACUGUUCAAUUGAGUCUUUCACUUUCAACAAACUUAUCCUCUGUUUCACCUCUGAAUUCCUCUGCAAACAACCCGUUUCGCAAUUUCUCAGGGAAUUCAUCUAUUUCUUCUGAAGUAGUUUUGCUUGAUCCAAAUGAUUAUUCAAGAGUUGAAUUCCCUGAUAUUAAUGCAGCAACAGAAGAUCAAGUGAUGAUCUCUGAGUUUUUUAAUUCCAAUACCUGUUCUUUAGGCUCAUUUCUUCAUCUAGGCUCGGCUUUAAAAGCCGAGUAUGAUUAUGAAAUGGCAGGAAAUUCUUCAGAAGAGACUGAGAAUGAGAACGAGAAUUCUCGGAAUGAGAGUAAUCGAAAUUCCGGGAUUCUAAGCUCCACAACAAGUCUAAGUGAUGACCGAAACACGGCUGAUUCAAAUUCAGCCAGUGAUCAACAAACACCAACACCAACACAACCCGAAACAGGGGAGAGCCAGAGUAAGGUAGAUGGUGAUCAAAGAGAGAAAACCAAUGAAAUUGAAGAUUGUACAGGUGAAAGUUCAGGUUAUGGGAAUACAAGUCGGGUUUUUCCGAAUCGAGUAAGGAAUGCAGGCCUUGAGGUGGAGCAAGCAGCAAUGCAGCAGCAAAUUGUGGAUAUGUAUAUGAAGAGCAUGCAGCAAUUUACUGAGUCCUUAGCAAAUAUGAAGCUCCCCAUGGAACUCGAUUCGAGCACGGAUAGUAAAACACCCGGGAAUGUGAUUCGGAUUAUGGAAAGAAACAAUGAUUUGGAUGUUGAGAACAAGAAGAAGGAUGGUUCAAGAGUGUUCUAUGGUAGCCGGGCUUUUUUUUGAAAUGGCAUAAAGUUCUUCAAUAUUUCGUAAAUGGUUUAAGGUAACAAGAUUAGUGUUUAAAAGAUACUCUAAUCUAGUUAAAAAUGGAGUUUGUGUUUGUUGCUAUAAGUUAGUGAGAUGGUUUACGAGCACUUCUAUUCCUCGAUGUAAAAACAAAAAAAGGUUAUGCUCGGAUUCACUCUAAAACAAAUGCAUAUAUGUAAUCGUAAUGUUUUGGUCCAAGCUUAACUCACGUACAACGUGACCUUUUUAAA